AUGGCUUGGAAUGUACCUGGCCCGAAGGUCGACGCUCUUCAGGACGGCGUCAAAGACCAUGGAGAAGCUGGUGGAGGAGCUCCAGACCACGAACCACCAGGGGUCGCCACAGUCCAACGAGCCGGCGGGAGCAUCAUCGUCCUCAGCUUCAGCGUCGGCACCAGUGCCGACGGCGCCAGCAGCAGCAACAUCAAGCGUCUCACCUUUGACGACGCAGCCAACACCACCGGCGGCGGCGGUGGCGACGAACACGGCAAACACGUCCUCCGCAGGGGCGGCGUCGGCUUCGGUCUCGGCCUCCCACUCCCCCCUGUCGAGACGGAAGGCCAGCAGCGCAAGCCCGUCGUCCGGGAACCCUGA